UUUACAUUAAACAGGAAAAAUUUAUUAAUGAUUUCGAUUAUAAGUUUGGAAGCUUUAAAUAAAAUCGUAAUUAUUUUGUAAUAUUUAAAAUAGGUCAAUUUUCCAAUAGAGAAAAACUGUGAAAAUAAUUAAAAAUGCACAUACAUAAAAAAUUAAUACCAUUAAAGGCACAUUAUUUCUUUUUUAAUGCUGCAACUGGGCCUGUUGUACCGUUUAUGCCCACAUUGGGAAAACAAUUUGGAUUUUCUGCGGGAGCAAUUGGAUUAAUAUACACAUGUUUACCUGUAUUUGGAAUGUUUGCAAAAACUGGAUUUGGUGCGCUGGCUGAUCGAUAUAAAAUGCAAAAGAGUAUUUUCUUAUUUUUUCAAGUAUUAACCGCAGUAGCAUUUUUUGGAAUUAUGUUUAUACCAGAAAAACCUGCAGUACAUACCGAAUUUGAAUGUGGGGGGCAUGAUUCAGAAUUUGAAUUAUGCUCGAAUAAUUUAAAUAAACAAUUAGAAAAAGAAAUUUUUAUCAAAAAUCAGAAUACAACUAUGAAGUGUCAGUUAAAAUGCAAAAUGGACGAUACAACAAAAUGGGAUACAAUAUGUGAAUAUUGGAAUAGUACGAAAUAUUGUGAAAGUACACAUACGAACGUACCACAUACAUUUACGUUCACUACUUUAUCACCGAUUAGUUUAUCGGUACAACUUGAUUCGUGUGUAUAUUAUCGUGUGACCCAGACACAAUUUUCUGAUGAUUCUAUGCAUACACCUUUUUGUCCGUUAAAAGAUGAUAAGAAUGUAAGUCGACAUAUGAGUAUGGAUUGUGAAACUACAUGCGAUUUACAAUUGGUUAAUGAAUUAUUGGAUGCUAGUGAUAAAAAUGAAUUUAAAGAUUAUAAAUAUUGGAUAUUCUUUGUUUUGCUAGCAUUGAGUUGGAUUGGUAUGGCCGUUGUGGUUAGUGUUGGUGAUGCAGUUUGUUUUGAAAUGUUAGAUUCUAAACCACAUUUAUAUGGAUAUCAACGUUUAUGGGGAUCCAUUGGAUGGGGUUUAUUAGCUUUAUCAGCUGGAUUUCUCGUUGACUAUAUAAGUCAUGGUGCAAUCAAGAAAAAUUAUUCUAUUGUAUUUUACAUAAUGAUAAUAAUGGUGUUUUUCGACGUUCUUUCAUCGCUUAAGUUACAAUAUAAUCAAACAACAUUAUCCGUUUCGAUAUUACAUGAUGUUGGUAAAUUAAUAACAGAAAUACGUGUUUUUGUAUUUUUAAUAUGGUGUGUAUGUAUUGGAAUGUGUACGGGUCUUGUUUGGAACUUUUUAUUUUGGUACUUAGAAGAACUUAAUGAAAGUAGAAAUAAGUCAAUGGGCUAUACACAAGAAAAUACUGAUCAUAUGAAAACAUUAGAAGGUCUAUUAAUGGGUAUACAAUGUUUUGGCGGUGAAUUACCAUUCUUCUUUUUAUCUAGUUUUAUAUUAAAAAAAUUGGGUCAUAUCAAUACAAUGAAUUUAGUUUUAAUUGGUUUGGGUACACGUUUAAUAUUGUAUUCUACAUUAACAUCACCAUGGUUUGCCUUACCAGUGGAAUUGUUACAUGGUCUAUCGUAUGGUGUGUUUUAUGCAACUAUGGCAUCAUAUGCUAGUAUUGUAGCACCAUUGGGUACAGAGACAACAAUACAGGGUUUAGUAAGUGCCGUGUUUGAGAUAGGUGUUGCACUUGGUAGUUUAAUUGCUGGUAAAUGUUUGGAUGUGAUUGGUGGUGCUCAAACAUUCCGUUAUUUUGGUAUUGGUUGUUUUGUUGUAUUAGUAAUACACAUCAUUGUACAAAUGUUAAUCAAACGUAAUGGUCGAUAUGUACCAACUAUCGAUGAUAAAGAUUAUAAUAUAGUUCAAGCACGUUAUGCAACACCACCUGACACUGACACCCAGCAUAUAAUCGACGAUCAACAGGAUAUUCAACUUGUUGAAGUUAAUAAAUCUAAUAGUAAUCAUUAUCAUAAGUUAACAGAUGUUUUUACAUAGAAUCCAAACACUUAUUUAUAUUUACAUAAUUUAUAUGGAAAGUGGAAUUCAA